AGUCCCGUACUUACCGCUUCUCCUUACUCUUUUCUCGCUACACACAAACUGCUCUCUCUCCCUCACUCACGCACACUCCUCUCUCAUCACAGUCCUAUACUCCUCUCUGCCGUCGCUAUCCAGCCGUCCAGCAACCGCAGUUUCCGUCCCAUCAUCGGCCGUCCAGAAGCCGCGUCUCUCAGCCUCGUCGUUCUCAGCACCGUCAAUCUCAGCAGCCGCAUCGUCCUUAGCGCCGUUGUUUUCCAUCAUUCUUUGUUGUGCUCCAUCGUUCUCAAUCUCUCAGCCUCAGGUCAAAUAAGGAGAGCGAUUUGCAAUUUUAAAGGAUAAAUCUUCUUAUUUGCAACUUUGUAGAAAAUAGGACAUACUGGGCAUCUUUAUAGGCUCAGCCUAAAGAGGUGGAAGGAGAAGGAAGCUGUUGGGGUGGUGAGCCAGCUUCUUGCCUCUUUGCCAAAUCCACAGUAAGAGCUUUGCAACUCUGAAACCUUUUUGUUGAUUCCAAUGGAGCAAGCUGAAUUGGAUACCUUAAAACCACGGAGUUUUGCUCCUUAUCGCCGAUCACACUUAACACAGCGAAACAUACAUCACUCUUGUUCGAAUUUUCUCUCAGCUUCUUGCCACACCUAAUAAUGGCAAUGGUAGAAAGAAGCCAGAGAAAAAGGAGAAGGGACCCGAGUUCUCUGAAUUUGUUGGUUCUGAUUUUAUACAUCCCAAGGAUGCUGUCCCGAUCGAAAGCAUACAGGAGUUUGACGAGACUGUUGAAGGGACUGGAAACAAGGGCAGGGUGUGUGUUGUCAAUGAUAUUGUUUUGGGUGAUAUAGAGGAGAUGAUGGGAAUAGAGGAAGUUGAGGAUACUUUUAGGACACUGCUGCAGGACAGGUGUAACGAUGCAGAUAUAGAGCAACAAAAGAUAAUGGAUGAGUUGGAACUGGUUGUGAAUGGAACACAAAAUAUCAUUUGUGAUAGUGGUUUAAUCUCUGUGAGUGCAGGGUCAGGCGAGGAACAGAACAGGGCAGUUGAGCCUAUGGAUUACCGAUUCGAGAAUGAUGAAUUCCCGCAUUCUGAUGUCAAAAAAUGUGGUAAUGCAGGUGAGAUGCAAGUACAAGGCCCGCUUGAUCAACUUCCCUCUGAAAACUUUAAUCAAUGCUUAGGAGUUGAGUUGUCAACAUCAGCACAGGAACAAACUUCUGCAUUGGUAACUGGUAUAUCGAAGUAUAAACCACGGGAGAGAGGGGAGUGAAAUGGAAGUGGUUUGUGCUGCAACGGGUUCUCUUCCAAAUUCUAAAGAAGGUGAAGUUGAGAAGGUAGAGCAAUGUGACUUAAUGGUUACUCAAGGAUUGCAUGUUUCUUUGGAAGAUAAAUAUGAAAUGAAAAAUGAAAAGAAUUUAGAAAAGUCAACUUGUGCAAACAAUGCAUCUAAUUUUUCAAAUAUUCAGAUUGAAAAUGAAGACAUAGAAGAGGGAGAACUUGUUGGAGACUUUGGAGUGGAUUGUAGUUCAUUUGGCAUGCCUACUGCAGAUUCCUUUAUUCCUCAAACGAAAAUUGAUGAGGUUCAGAACCCCAAAAGUAUUAAUAUGGGGAAGACAAAAAAGGAAGGUUUAGGCAAAGAAAUAGGUAGGAAACUGGUUACUGACAUGCCAAUAAAUUAUGUUCAAAAUCAAGUCUUGCACGAAUGCAUAUUGGAAGAGGACUCUGACAAGGAUCAUGGAAACCCUGCUGCAUCAGAGAAAGUUGAUGUCAGCUGUAAGAAAAAGCGUGACCCUGGUUCUGCGGAAAAGAAAGCGAAAAAGAAGGAAAAAAGCGGAAAAAACGGGCAGAAAAGAACAAACAACUUGGUGUUAAAAGGGUGACAAGUGCCAUUUUUCACAUGAUACAAUGCCUUCUACCAAAUCAAAGCCAUGCUCCUUUUUCGCUCGUCACUCCUGCAUGAAAGGGGAUGACUGCCCUUUUGAUCAUCAACUCUCCAAGUAUCCUUGUGUUAACUUUGUGCCCGGAGGUUUUUGUGUCAGAGGUGAUGCAUGCUUGUUUUCGCACCAGGUACUUGAAGGUUUCCUAUGGAGAGCUACAUCAAGCAACAAAUCAAUUUUCUUCAUCUAAUUUAGUUGGCACGGAAAGCUCUGGCUCUGUGUAUAGAGGACUUGUCCAUUUUGAGAGACUUGUUACUGUGAAAGUGUUGAAUAUUCAAACACGUGGAGCAUCGAAGAGUUUCAUGGCUGAAUGUAAAGCCCUAGAAAAAAUUAAACAUAGAAACCUUCUCAACCUACUGACUUCUUGGUCAAGUGUUGAUUACAACGGGAAUGAUUUCAAGGCCAUAGUGUUUGAGUUCAUGUCUCAUGGGAGCCUAGAAACUUUGUUGCACAACACUAUGGAAGAUAGCCAGUCCACAAAUAUGAGUCUGAACCUUAUGCAAAAGGUAAAUAUUGCUCUUGAUGUAGUUUUUGCUUUGGAUUAUAUUCACAAUGAUUCAGAAAACGCCGUAAUUCAUUGUGAUAUUAAGUCUAGCAAUGUGCUUGUUGAUGAUGAUAUUGUUGCCCACUUGGGAGACUUUGGUCUAGCUAGACUUGUUCAAGGGGACAGAAGCUAUUCUUCCAGUAAUCAUGGUAGUUCCUCUGUAAUUAAGUGAAUCUUCGGAUAUGUUCCACCAGGUGUAUCAAGAGAUCCUUGAUCAAAGUAUCAAUCUCGGAUUCAUAAACAUGCCUCAA